AUGGAUCUCCAGUCGCUUUCGCCGUUGUUCUACUACAUGGUAGCAAGCGUGCUCACUAUUACCGGUCUCAAGAGACGUCGGAAAAUUCGUCUUCUGUUACUAGGACCAGUCUGGCUAUUUUCUCUGUUGGCAUUGGCCUCAUCCCAUAGGCUGUCCUGGAUGAUUGGUGCUGAUAGCACUUUUGCAAGCGUGCUGGUCUUCUACCUGCUUUACUCGACAAAGUUGCUCGCUUUUGAUCAGCUUGCUGUCAAUCCAGAACUUAGCAAACAUGACUGGAGCUUUGUCGACUGUUACAGAACAUGGAACAAUCCGCGAGAACUACCAUUACGGAUAUCGCCCCUCGAAAAAGUGGAGCCAAGUGAUUCUAUUUCUCGAGUUCUAUUCUUCUUCAACCAGUCAAUGAAGGCAGCAGCUUUGUGGGCAUUCGAGCACUUUGCUUUCCAGAAAGUCUUCAUCUAUUCGCUUGGGCAAGUGGUUGUAGCUGACUUCUCGCCCGAAAUGGAAGUAGCUUUCCAGCUCUCGUCUCAUCAAAUCCAAGUUCGCGCAAUCAUGUCAGUCCAAUGGAUCUGGCGCGCCUAUUUCUUUCUGGAAUUCUACCAUUGUCUUUUGGCCAUCGCCUUCGUGGCCAUCCUGCGAUUCGAUUGUCCUAAAGAUUGGCCACCUCUCUUCGGGAGCCCAAUGGAAGCAUACAGCGUGCGAGGCUUUUGGGGUCGGUUCUGGCACAAGUUGACGAUACCUACGUACAUCUACUAUUCAAAACUUGUUUCUCGGCAAUUGAUGCGUAUACAGCCGGGUUCAAGUCUGGAAAAGACAAUAAUCCCGCUUUUCAUAUUCACGCUGUCUGGUUUCUCACACGCAUUGGUUGGAUGGUCAUUGGGAGACGCGGCACUAUCCCGAGACAUCCUAUUCUUUGAGAUGUGUUUCCUUGCUGCCGCGGCGGAGACUGCGAUAUCUAAGAUGAAAGUCACGAGUAUCUUGAGGGGGGUCUUCUCACCGCUGUCGCGAACGAUUGCGGGCAUGGCAUGGGUUUUUGUGUUCUUUUUCUGCAUAUCUCCAUUGUGGAUCUAUCCUAAGGUCUACCACGUUUUAUUAAAUCCAAUACGAUGA